GCUGUAUAAAUAGUGAGCUGUGGACACGAGGCAGUGAUUCUGCUGGAGAUGGUUGAUGUUCCAGGACCUCCACUCCUAUCUCUGCUGCUGCUGUUGAGUGUGUCGGCUCUGCCUGCCGGCACAUACACUCUGACCCCCGGCAGACGGCCCCAGGCCCAGCACAAAGUCCUGCAACUAGACUGGCCUAAGGACUGUGGCAUGGCACACUACAAACCCAACAUGGCUGAACGGAUCGUCUCUGGCAACGAGGCCAGACCUCACUCCUGGCCAUGGCAGGUCUCCUUACAGGUUCGUCCCAGAGGCAGUAAGCACUACAUCCACGUCUGUGGCGGAACCCUCAUCCACAAGAAUUGGGUCCUCACCGCUGCCCACUGCUUCCAGAAGGGUAAAGCCGAGGAUGCUGGGAGUUGGAGGAUCGUUCUGGGGAAGCAUCGGCUGAAACGUUCUGAGACGCCCGAGAGGACUAUCCCGGUGAAGAGGAUCUACCGUCACGAGCACUUCCGUUACCCCACGCACAGCGAGCUGGACUAUGACAUCGCCCUGGUCAAGGCUGCCACCGACAUCGUGCCCAACAACCACAUACGCUACGCAUGCCUGCCGCGCAAACAGAUCAACCUGAAGCCUGGACAAUACUGCUGGGUGACCGGCUGGGGAGACACUCGGGGUGGGAAGGAGAAUGUGUCUCUGGCUGAGGCUCUGAAUCAGGCCCGUCUGCCCAUCAUCGACUUCAAGACCUGCCGUCAGAAGAAGUUCUGGGGAGACCGCGUCAGGGACUCCAUGAUCUGUGCCGGCUUCAGAGACACAGAAGGACCACCUGCUGCCUGCCAGGGUGACUCAGGGGGUCCUCUGCUGUGCCAGCUGGGGCGUGACAGGUGGGAGGUGCACGGUGUGGUGAGCUUCGGCCCUAUUGGCUGCACCGUGGAGAACAAGCCCAGCGUGUUCACCCGCACCGCCAACUACAUCCCCUGGAUCGAGGCUACCCGCAUCAGAGACUUCUUCCUGCACUAGACCACACUCACACAUAACCUGACAACCCCUCUGCACCCAUCAAACUAUAGCAUUGUUUUUUGGGGAGAGAUACCAUAUUGCAGUUUGUUUUGUAAUCACACUGAUGGAACAAUACUGAAUCAUUGACAUGUCCAUAACCUAGCAAUUUUGUCUUGAGCAUUCUGUCCUGCUAAAUGUAACAUUCAGAAUCAUGUUAUCCCAUUUUAAAUGGUGCAUAUUUGCAAUUUGUAUGGCACUUAUGACACCUUGACCACCACCCUGUCCCCAACCACUGCUCCACUUCCUGGUUGUACUCUUUCCUGACUACAUUUCCCACCAUGCACCCAAUAAAAUGAGCAGAAAAAGCAGAACAUUGUGAAGCUCUUCUUUCUGAUGUAAAACACUAUGGUUAUUAUUUUAGCUUACUGACCGAUAGUGUGGCUGAGUUUGUGGCAGGUGAAUUCAAACCUAGUCAGACAGAAUGGCAUAUCCCUCCCCUACAGGCUUUCACCAUGUAAACAGCAUGAGCAUAACUGACAAAUAGCCAGGAAAACACAUUCACAUUUCCAAUGUUUGUUGUAUUGUUCUUACAGUGGGAUUAACAGGCAAGGCGACACAGAGAAUAAACACUUCCAGUACUGUUUGGAGGCAACUUAUUAAACAGGCCAGCAUCAAGCACAACUAACAGGAAAAUAGCACUCACUAUGAAUAGCUGCAUUAGAACAGUACUGAUUGUAAGGCCUUGGCAGGGUGUGUGUUUGGGAAAGUUUCUCAUUGCUCUUUAGUUUGAAGAGUCUUGUGGUUUGUAUCUGAAGGACUUACAACCAACAUCAAGAGACAGGACUACAUUCAUGGUUUCCAGCAGCUUUCUGAUCAGGUCUAAGACCAGUGUGGCAGAGGUGGUUCAAUGAACCAUGCUUAGAUGGUGAUUAACCUUGCCUGAGAAGACUUGCUUUAGCUCUCUGUACUAACCACCAGGCUUUACAAUAGGGAGCUAAUAGUCAUUACAUCUUAAAGGGCUAAUUCCACCGCUUUUCAACCUCCUAUCCAUCAUCAAAACAAUGUCUACAUAUGUGAAGACAGUGCUUCUAGGAUCUGUGGUUUCAAAGAAUGUCCUAAAAAAGCAGAAAUCACAGGGUAAGAUGAAAGCCUGCCUUGGACUAGAAACCUGUAGGUUAUGUUCCUGCUCCCCACAUCACUGCAAAUCUGUGUUUGAAAAUCACUUUUGAUGUUAUCAGGUAGAACUUUUUUAACUUCACAUUUAUUUUCUACAAAACGUAGAAAUGCGCCGUUUUCACAAAACGUAUUGUGUUGGAGAAAAUGAAAAUUAGCUUGAAAAGUAGAGGAGUUGCCCUUUAAAUACCCAGUCGGUAACACCAGCAGAGGUCUUCAAAUAUAUCCAUCAUU